AUGGCUGUGUCUGAAGAGGCACUUAAAAUAAAUGACUCUUCACCGAAGAUAUCAAAACUGUCAGAGAGUAUAGGAAAAUAUGACAUAGAUCGAGGGCAUAUCGACACUGCUGCACCCUUUGAGUCUGUGAAGGAUGCCAUAAGUAAGUUUGGAGGAAUCGUUGAUGGAGAAGCUCAAACAAUCUUAACCAUAGAGAGGCAGAAGCAUAUCCAACUUGAACUCGAGAAGAUACGAGAAGAAAUUACAAAGUACAGACAACAAUGUGAAGCUGCAGAAGUUACCAAAGAACAUGUGCUGAAGGAGUUAGAUCACGCAAAGAGAUUAAUGGAGGAGCUGAACGUAAGGCUGGAGAAGGCAGAAUCCCAGGAGGCACAAGCAAAUCAAGAAGAUGAACUCGGUGAGAUCAACAGAGAAAGGAACACAACUGUUGUUGCAGGGGUGGACUCAGAACAACUAGAGCUGGAAUCAAUGGAAAGAGAACAUGUUGCAGCAAGGAAAGAUCAAGAUCUUGCCUCUGCAUCCGAGGAGAUUGAGAAGACUGUAGAGGACUUAACCUUGGAACUCAUCGGGACCAAGGAAUUGCAUGAAGAUGGUGCAGCCUUGGCCUUGGAGCAGGACAAAUCAAACUGGGAAAGGGAGCUGAAGCAAGCUGAAGACGAAUUGCAACAGCUGAACGAGCAGCUCAUGCUGACAAAUGAUCUCAAGUCAAAGUUCGAACAAGCUUCUGCAUCACUUUGUAGUCUGAGAGUUGAAAGAGCUUCGCACAUGGAAGCAAAACUAAGUCAGUUGGUAAAGGACUGUACAUAUACAAAGGAACUUGAGGAAGUGAGGACUAACAUUGAGAGAGCUACCAGUGAAAUCAAUCACCUGAGAGCUGCAGUUUCUUCGCUCAAGUCCGAGGUAGAAAUGGAGAGAACAUCCCUCACCACCAUGAAACAGAGGGAAGGUAUCGCAUCUUCAUCGGCCUCAUCUCUCGCAGCUGAACUCAACAUAAUGGAGAAGAAGGUAGAGGAAAAGACGGUGGAGCUGAAGACGUUAGAACAAGCAGCCAAGGAAGCGAAGCAAGCUAAAUUAGAAGCUCAAAUGGCACGAAAGGAGCUAAGGAAGGCCAAGGAAAUAGCAGAACAAGACAAAGCGGAAGCUACUAAGAUGGAUGAAAGAUUAAACGCCACGGUUAGCGAGAUCAAGGCAGCUAAAGCAGUGGAGAAAUUAGCUUACUCGGCAGCCAAAGCAAUGGAAGAGAGUGAACAAGCAAGCGAUCGAGUAACUCUAUCAAUCGAGGAGUACUUCAAGCUUAGAAUGAAAGCUGACGAAGCCGAGGAGCUCGAUGAUGGUAGAAGAACAGUCGAGGAAACAUUAAGAGUUGCAGCAGAGAAGGUAAGCGCAUGGAGAGGUAAGCAAGAACAAGAGAGAGGAGCGAACGCUGUCACCAGGAGCUUCUCCGAGUUGCCAAAUCUAGACGGCAUUGGAGAACAGGAAACCUUCACAAGCGAGACAGAAGAGGUUCUUCAUCGGAGUCCAGUGACAGUUCCCAAGCUGCACAAAAUGUCAAGAUCGAAAACCAUGGAUUCCAAGACCGACUCAAGACGAAAGAAGAGAUCGUUCUUCCCUCGGGUGGCCUCGUUUCUGAGCAGAGAAAAGGUUCAACCACUGAAGGAAUAGGAGUUGAA